AGUUUUCAAGCAUUAUGACUGCAAUGUUCAAUUACCUCAUAGUUGUUCUUAUGUUCAUUGUUGGCGUUAACAGCUAUAUGCCUGGAGCUGGACAGUAUGGCGGAGCUUGGGGGAGUUACAGUGGAGGAUACGGUGGAGUCCACCUUGGCUACGGUUGGCCUCGCCCUCGCUGAUCGGUCAUCAAUAGAUCGAUCCAUGAUGACUGCUUUAAUGUUGUCUAUGAGUUAAUCUUUCACAAUAAAG